AGUGUUCUGUGAUUAUAACCAAUUUUUAUAAAGCAACGGUCGCCAUCUUGUUUUGCCCAUGGCGUCUGAAAGCGUUUUGUGAAAUGUGCUGCUGACUUAGUCGUAGUUUCUGAUAAUUGAACUAAUAUUUACAUAUUUUUCUUAUAAAGUUUAUUAUUACGUGCUGAUUUUCUUCCAACAAAGUUUCGCUUGAGUCUUUAAUAUGGGACGAGGAAGAGAUCGUAGCCGUGAUAGACGUCGCAGCCGAAGCAGAAGUAGGAGCAGAAGCCGUAGUCGAAGUCCCCGUUAUGGUUUAGGAUCCGGCGGUGGAUAUGGUGGAGGUGGUGGACGCCGUAGCAAUCCAGGAGCAAGUUUGCGUAAACCUAAAUGGGAUUUGAGUAGGCUAAAGCCAUUUAAGAAAGACUUUUAUGUCCCUCAUCCAGAUGUAGAAAGCAGACCAGAUUCUGAAGUUGAAGCUUGGAGAAGUGAAAAUGAAAUUACACUAAAAGGUCGGAACAUUCCGAAACCUACCUUGACAUUUGAUGAAGCUGGAUUUCCUGAUUACGUUAUGGACGAAAUUGACAAAAUGGGAUUUUCGAAGCCUACGCCCAUUCAAGCUCAAGGAUGGCCUAUAGCUCUUAGUGGGUGUGAUAUGGUUGGAAUUGCUUCUACUGGAUCUGGUAAAACGCUCUCUUAUAUAUUGCCAGCUAUUGUUCACAUAAAUCACCAACCUAAAUCUAGUAGAGGUGAUGGUCCUAUUGCAUUAGUUUUAGCCCCAACUAGAGAAUUAGCCCAACAAAUACAAGAAGUGUGUGAUAAAUUUGCCAACACAUCUAAAAUACAUAACACUUGUUUAUUUGGAGGUGCUCCUAAGGGGCCUCAAGCAAGAGACUUGGAUGCAGGGGUGGAAAUUGUUAUUGCUACUCCAGGGCGUCUAUUAGAUUUUUUGGAAAGUGGAAGAACUAAUUUAAAGAGAUGUACCUAUUUGGUCUUAGAUGAGGCUGACAGAAUGUUAGAUAUGGGGUUUGAACCACAGAUUAGAAAAAUUAUAGAACAAAUUAGACCUGAUCGUCAGACCCUUAUGUGGUCAGCUACAUGGCCAAGGGAGGUACAAAGCUUGGCUUCUGAAUUUCUUAAAGAUUAUCUUCAAAUUAAUGUUGGUUCUCUGCAGUUAGCUGCAAAUCACAAUAUUUUACAAAUUAUUGAUGUUUGUAUGGAGUAUGAAAAAGAAACAAAAUUAAGUACUCUUCUAAAAGAAAUUAUGGCUGAAAAAGAAAAUAAGACUAUAAUAUUUAUAGAAACAAAGCGUCGCGUGGAUGAUAUUACUAGGAAAAUGAAAAAGGAUGGGUGGCCUGCUGUAUGUAUUCAUGGUGAUAAGUCACAAAAUGAACGAGAUUGGGUAUUGCAAGGCCGUGGAGACUGCGGCUGGGCGGCGGAGGCGGCGGCAAGCGUGCAAACGUCGCCGCUAGUCAUCGGCGGCGGCGAGACGCGCCUGCGGCCGCGUCCGCAUCGCACCGCCUCUAGUUGACGGGGCUAAGCCCUAUGCACUCUGACUUGCCACCGCGGCUAGUCUGAGCCGCUUCUCGCGCGUUCGGCGCGGUGGGGUACGCCCCCUCGCCGAUUGCUGUGCGCCGUCGACGGCGACGGUGCGCAGGCCGAGCGCUCCAGGCCCGCACGCGCGCCUGGUCUGGCGCCUCUGUUCUCUCUUGUGCCGCCCUGGUCGGCCUCGCUCUCACUUGUUUUUUUUUCACGAGUAAUAACCACUGUUAUUAUCCAUUGGAAUUUUGUUCAUUAAUUUUAGAAGUGGAAAAGCUCCUAUUCUUGUAGCCACAGAUGUAGCGGCUAGAGGUUUAGAUGUUGAUGAUGUUAAGUUUGUCAUUAAUUUUGACUAUCCAAGCAACUCCGAAGAUUAUGUACAUCGCAUUGGACGAACAGGAAGGACAAAUAAAACUGGAACAGCUUAUACUUUCUUUACACCUUCAAAUGCUGCUAAAGCAGGAGAUCUUAUUUCAGUAUUGAAAGAAGCAAAACAAGUUGUAAAUCCUAAAUUGCAAGAACUUGCUGAGCGUGGUGGUGGAGGUGGACGACGUCAUCGAGGUCGAGGAGGAAGAUACCGUAGAGGGCGAAGAUCCCGUUCAAGAUCACGUUCGCGUCGCCGUCGCACUCGAUCGCGAUCGCGUUCCCGGGACAGACGGCGACGCCGUCAUAGUUCAUCGAGAUCUUCACGAAGCAGAUCAUCAAGAUCGUCGAGAAGUCAUUCUCGAUCUCGUUCGCGCUCUCGUUCCCGUUCACGUAGCCGUUCACGUUCAGUUCUAUGCUUACUCCUGCUGGUUGGGCGGCACCUCCUCCACCACCACCUCCUCCUCCACCUUCCGGCUCCUCCACCAAUAUUAAUACCUAUAACCAAGAACAAAGUGGCUAUGGGGAAAGCGGCCUGGAGUCAGAUUCCAGAAAGCGAGGCGCCCGCUCUGGUGGUCUUGGCUCAGGCGGUGGUCUGGGCUCCGGCGGGGGCCUUGGUUCCGGCGGGGGCCUUGGCUCCGGCGGGGGCCUUGGCUCCAGCGGUAGCCGUGGCUCUGGCGGUGGUCGUGACUCCGGCAGUGGCCUUGGCUCCGGCGGUGGUCUUGGCUCCGGCGGUGGCCUUGGCUCCGGCGGAGGCCUUGGCUCUGGCGGGGGCCUAGGCUCUGGUCGCGGCCACAGCUCCAGCGAUGAUCGUGACUACGGUGGAGGCCUCGGCUCAGGCGGGGGUCUCGGCUCUGACGGAGGCCUCGGGUCUAAUGAAGGCCAAAGCUCUUCGAGAUCGAGAGGAGGUCGAGACAGACGUCGACGAGGAAGAGGACGAAACAACGACUACGACUCGGAUGGUCCGGGUGGUGGUCUCGGGUCUCAAGGAUCCGGCGGUCUUGACGGCGGCCUGGGUCAGGCCUCUUACGGAUUGGCCUCUGGCGGACUCGGUGUACCCCAUGGGGGCCAAGUGCCGCGCAUGCUUCCCCAACCUGGUGAAAACUACUUUGGCCCACAAGGUGCUAAUUUUACAGCAUUUGGCUCGUAUGGUUCUAAGAAUAAUAAAAGAAACCAAGAUGAUAAUAAUGCCAAUGACACAUUCAGAAAUGACAAUUAUAAUAAUGGAAUGGAAUUAUAUGAUCAGCAAAAUAUGGGACCAGGAAGGCCAUCCGGCCUUGGCUUGAACCAGAAUGGUUCCAGUGAUGUGCAGGUUAAUGGCUCCAUGGGGUACAAUAAUAACCGCCAGAGGAAUCGCCAACAGCGGUGAAUACCAUGAGAGAACGGCUACAAUGGAGACUCGCGCCGACGUAGGAGACGAUAAAUAAGAAAUGAAAGAAUAGAGUGAAGAACAAAAACGCUAGUGCUAAGUUUGGACGACAGAAUUUCAUUCCAAGUUGUGUUUGUUGGCAUUAAUUUUCUAUGCCUAAAAUUGUAACUUAACGAUUUUCAUGAUUAAAACCUAAUAUGAAUUACACUUAAUAAAAAUAAGCUAAAAAGUAAAAGCUAUAGCAUCAUUGAGUGCUUUUAAUUUAUCGUCUACAUUCUACAAUAUCCUGAUCUUAUUAGUGUUGAUCUUUUUAUAAUUUAAGUUUUAUUGACGGUAAUUUUGUCUUGUAGGUACAUAAGUACAUUAAUAUGACUGUCUGUAUAAAAUACUUUGAAAUCGUAAAUAAUAUACGAACUUUUUGU